UUGGUUUGCGCCCUGCUUUGGGCGUGUGCGACAUUGUUGACAUCACUUCGCGCUCAGAAGGAGAGCCAGUUUACCACAAAAUACCAACUGUCGGUUGUCAGCGGUAACAUGGAUUCGGUGCCGGCGGCUUCGGAACCCAGAACCCAGAGCCGCGUGUCCCCGGACAACAACACCGCCAGAAGCAGCAAGGCAACCCGCAAGAAAACCAACAAUCUGCAGGAGACUCGGAGAAGAGGAAGAAUGGAUCGGAGCAAAGGACAGGAGGACAUUGCCAAUCAUAUGAUGAAUCUGGAUUUAGGCCACAAGGGUCCAGCCACUGGGACCGGUCUGGUGUUCAGCGACAUCUUCAGCCGCUAUCACUGCCUCUGGGACCCCAGCCACCCAGAAUGUCCCCAGCGGGUGACCUCCGUCAUGGACAUGGUGGAGCAACAAGGACUGCAGUCCCGCUGUGUUUUGGUGGAGGCUCAACCUGCUACGGAGGAACAGCUGCUGUUAGUUCACACGAAGGAGUAUGUAGACUUGAUGAGGUCUACUCAGCAGAUGAAUGAAGACCAGCUGAAGGCUCUGUCUGACACCUAUAACUCAGUCUACAUCCACCCUGAGUCCUACACAUGUGCCUGUUACGCCGUGGGCUCCGUUCUACAGUUGGUUGAUAAGCUCAUGACCUCAGACCUCCGGAACGGAUUCUCUGUUGCUAGGCCUCCAGGACACCACGCCCAUUCAGAAAAGAUGAAUGGUUACUGCAUGUUCAACAACCUGGCCAUCGCAGCGCGCUACGCACAGACACACCACCAGGUGGCGCGAGUUCUUGUUGUGGACUGGGACGUGCAUCACGGCCAAGGCAUCCAGUACAUUUUCCAGGAGGAUCCCAGCGUGCUGUACUUCUCAGUUCACAGAUAUGAAGAGGGUUUGUUCUGGCCCCAUCUGGCGGAGUCGGAUAGCAAUUCAGUGGGCAGUGGUCCAGGAGAGGGUUACAACAUCAACCUGCCCUGGAACCAGGUUGGAAUGACCGAUGCGGACUACAUUACCGCAUUCCAACAGCUUCUUCUUCCUGUAGCCUAUGAGUUCCAGCCUCAGCUGGUCCUGGUGGCCGCUGGCUUUGACUGCAUGACAGGUGAUCCCAAGGGGGAGAUGUCCGCCACUGCCCAGGGUUUGUCUGUGUUGACUCACAUGUUGAUGGGCCUGGCCCAGGGGAAGGUUCUGCUGGCUCUGGAGGGAGGGUACAACCUCCAGUCAACAGCAGAGGGUGUGUGCGCCUGUCUCCGGACCCUGCUGGGAGAGUCCUGCCCUCGUUUGAGGUCCCCAUCCGGCCCUAGUGACGGUGCCCUGAGGUCCAUUUCCAGGUCCAUAUCUGCUCUGUAUCCCUACUGGACCAGCCUACAGGUCCUGGAGGGAGGGCCUCUGUCUUGCAUUGACACACUCAAGAAGAUGAAGGACACCUCCACCCUGACAACAGCAGAGGAGAUGAAGGACACCUCCACCCUGACAACAGGUCUGGUUUACGACCAAAGGAUGAUGGAGCAUCACAACAUGUGGGACAGCCAUCACCCAGAGCUUCCUCAGAGGAUCCAGCGAAUCUUUUCGCUUCAUGAGAGCCUGGGCUUGGUGUCCCGUUGCCUGAUGUUGCCUGCUCGUUUGGCCACGGAGGAGGAGCUGGCCCUGUGCCACAGCUCGAAACACAUCGCCCAGAUCAAGGCCACCGAGGUGAUGAAGCCCAGAGACCUCCACCGGCUGGGCAAUGAGUACAACUCCAUCUUCAUCAGUGCUGAGAGCUACAGGAGCGCCAGGCUGGCAGUGGGAGCCUGCUUCAACAUGGCCCAGGCUGUUCUGAAUGGACGGGUCCGUAAUGGCGCUGCUGUCGUACGUCCCCCUGGUCAUCAUGCGGAGAAGGACGCCGCCUGUGGAUUCUGUUUCUUCAACAGCGCCGCCCUCACCGCCCGCUACGCCCAGUCCAUCUCCCAGAAACCACUGCGGGUCCUCAUCCUCGACUGGGAUGUUCACCAUGGCAACGGAACUCAGCACAUUUUUGAGGAGGACGAUAGUGUGCUCUACGUGUCCCUGCAUCGCUAUGAGGACGGGACCUUCUUCCCCUCCUCUGAGGAUGCAGACUACAGCAGAGUGGGCCUGGGGAGGGGGGCUGGGUUCAACGUCAACAUCCCCUGGAACGGAGCAAAGAUGGGCGACGCAGAGUAUCUCGCUGCCUUCCACUCCGUGGUCAUGCCCGUCGCUAGAGAGUUUGACCCAGGCCUGGUGUUGGUAUCGGCAGGCUUUGAUGCCGCCAGAGGAGACCCCCUGGGAGGAUACCAGGUGACGCCCGAGGGCUAUGCCAACCUCACCCACCUCCUGCUGGGGCUGGCAGGCGGCAGAGUCCUGGUGAUCCUGGAGGGAGGCUACAACCUCACGUCCAUUUCUGAGUCCAUGUCAGCCUGCACCAGUGUCCUCCUGGGAGACCCCCCCCCGCCCCUGCCCUGCCGGUCUCCCCCACACCCCAACGCAGCAGUUAGCAUCAACAAUGUCAUACGAACCCACGCCCCCUACUGGAGGUCCCUCAGAAUACAGCUUCCAGAGUCUCUACGCCUGUCGCUGCCCUCCCCCAAACAUAGAGGGAAAAGGACUUCUAAAGGCAAAGGAAAGAAAUCCCCCAGGCAGGGGGAUGGGGGCGGGGCCAGUCCUGGUCAGGUGACCAGCCUGCCACACGCAGAGUCACCUAAGACAACACGUCUGUCCACGGGUGGGCAGGGCAACUGUGACCUGGAUGACCUCACUAAAGGACUGGUUUCACUCGACCUCAACCAAACCGCCUCACCCAAUCCCAGCCCAGCGUCAGUCGCUGUGGGAGGGGCUAGACAGAAGCUACGCCCCGGCCCUCUGGAGAGUCCUGUUAAGGGGCUGAACAAAGAAGCAACAACUGUUGGGAACACCCCGGAGAUCCUUCACCCGACUCCUGACAGGCCGAAGACGCAGGCUGUCACCAUGGUAAUCUCAGACUCCGUUGCCAAGGGAGACCAGGAGAGCGUGGACCAGGAGAACGGUUCCCCGGAGACGGAGUUUCAAGGGGCGUCUGGGUACACCGAGAAGCCGGUGUUUGAGCUGUUCUGUGGAGGCCAGGAUGUGGACGGGGGCACCCUGUACGUGGUCGACCCGCUGUCCUGGUGUCCUCAUCUGGACGCGGUGAAGCCCGUUCCUGCCGGAGGGAUGGACGUCUUCCUGCCCUGUGAGGACUGUGGGUCUGACGCUGAGAACUGGAUCUGUCUCACCUGCUACAAGGUGUUCUGUGGUCGCUAUGUCAACCAGCACAUGGUGACCCAUGGCUUGGUGUCAGAACAUCCUGUGGUACUGAGCUUCGCCGACCUGUCAGUCUGGUGCUACUCCUGUGAGGCCUACGUGCACAACCAGGCGGUGUUUGAGGCCAAGGACACUGCUCACCGUGUGAAGUUCGGCGAGGACAUGCCCUUCUCCACCUAAAGCCCAAAGAGCCGGAGGACUCGGAGAGAGAGUCGGCAUGGAAAAUACGUUGAGAAUACAUAAAACAUUGAAGACCGCUGUUCUGGUCUUGGUGCUGCGAAAUGUACGCCCCCCGUCUGCUUGCUGUGCCUUCAAAUCUCUCAGAAUGUCAGGGACUUCAGCAUCGUCAAGCACAAUAAUGCAGCAGACCAGAACGGGAUCUAAACACGACUGUUUAGAUAUUAAUAUUGUCUGAAAUUCUCUGUGGUGUUUUUUCUUUACCCACUUUGGUUUAAAAUUAUUGGAGUUUACUGUUUUUUGUCCAACUCUGUCAUAUCCAACACACACAAACCGUCCUCUAUUGGUUUUGAUUACAUUUUGUGACAUUUAUAAACGUCAACGUUUUGAUCCUCACAGAACUGGUCAGCAGUUAGUAUUGACUUUGAACUUAUUUGGUGUGUAGGCUGGCCGGGUAAAGAACUUUUGGUGUGUCCAUUCCCUAUUAAUUUAUUUGGUGUGUAGGCUGGCCGGGUAAAGAACUUUUGGUGUGUCCAUUCCCUAUUAAUUUAUUUGGUGUGUAGGCUGGCCGGGUAAAGAACUUUUGGUGUGUCAGUCCUCUAUAUAGUGAUUUUGCACCACAGAGUUGACCAGCCAAGGUACCACAGUUGACCAGCCAAGGUACCACAGUUGACCAGCCAAGGUACCACAGUUGACCAGCCAAGGUACCACAGUUGACCAGCCAAGGUACCAUAGUAAGUACUGUUGAAUAUUUCAUGACAUGGCUGGAUGUGGCAGCCCUCUAACAUCUGCCACUUAAAGCAGUAUGUUAGUGCAAUAUUAUGACAUUUCUCAGCCUUGAAAUCUUAUGCAUGUUCUGUUUUUUACUGUGAUUUUUCAUGCUUUUUGUCUUUCGAUCCAAAGCACAAACAGUGCCAUGGUUUUCUCUAUUAGCCUAUUUUAUCACUGAAUGUAUUCAGACCUUAAAACCUUAUUUGAAAUAAAGGCAGACCUGGUAAACAAA